GCUGCUGGGUUCCUGGCAGCGCCGCGCCCCCGUCUCCUCUUCUGCCGCUGUACUUACUGAUACUGGGACCCGGUGUCCGUCUGCGGCAACCCCGCACCUGCCAGCGGAAAGGAGAGGCAGGGAAAAGCAGCGCAUUAAGCUGCCGUUUCUAAUUUAAACGAGCGGGUGGGGAAACAGCACAGGAAGUAACGGGAAAUAGUCUCUUGCUACCAGUUAGCGUUAAAUGUGCUACUAUCACGCAACAGCUAGCAGAUGAAGUUAGCCAGCUAGCUAACGUGGGGCGCUGCUAGUUAUGGCUCUAGUUUUGAAAAUAUUCUGUUUGCCGUUACGUUGUAGUUAGUUUGGCGUAGAUGUAGCGAAUAUUUACUUGGUUAGCCUCAGUGCACUGACCAUAAUGCUAGUUAUCGUACUAAUCAAUUUAAGUAAGUAGCUGUUACGUCUAAUCAUCUAAAACAACUAACUCAGCUAACGUCAGCAAACUAGCUAAGGUUUGGUGUUGUACUACCUUAUUUGUGUUUAUAAUUGGAUGUUUUGAACUUUGUGUUGUGACUGUGAGUGAGAUAAUUAGGAUUCAAGCAGAUUCAGAGGCCAAGUCCGUGUUGAAUGAAUGUUCUGUUACAUUUACACGUGGGGACUGUUCUAACAUUUAGCUUAACUGACAGGAAAGGGGACGUUCACCCUUUCUAAGUUAGUGUAGUUAGUGUCUGCAGGAUAAGUGUUGUCUCCCUAUUUAACCUCUCAAAGUUGCAUGUGGUAAGCACAAACAACAGGAGCAGAUAGCAGGAGAGCAGUGUCUCCUAAUCCCAGCUCAAGAGUUUAUUCACAAGUAAGCAUGGCUCCGAAGAAGAGACCAGGUCCCCUAACUAUUACUCCCACUGGCGAUGGAUUAUCCCCCUCCACCAACACAGAAGUUACGUCUGAGGCCAGUUUAGAAGCACUUAAGAAAAUAUUAGAGGAGCUGGACCUGGAUGAGCAACAGAAGAAAAGAUUAGAAGCUUUUCUCACCCAGAAGGCCAAGGUUGGCGAGUUGAAAGACGAUGACUUCCAUCGUGUCUGUGAGCUGGGUGCAGGCAAUGGAGGAGUAGUCAACAAGGAGUGCCACAAACCUUCAGGCAUAAUCAUGGCCAGAAAGCUUAUUCACCUAGAAAUCAAGCCUGCAAUCAGAAACCAGAUCAUCAGAGAGCUGCAGGUGCUGCAUGAGUGUAACUCUCCCUACAUUGUGGGGUUCUAUGGAGCGUUUUACAGCGAUGGAGAGAUCAGCAUCUGCAUGGAACACAUGGAUGGUGGAUCUCUGGACCAGGUGCUGAAAGAAGCAAGGAGGGUCCCUGAAGAGAUUCUCGGAAAAGUCAGCAUCGCUGUUUUGAGAGGCCUUGCCUAUCUACGAGAAAAACACCAAAUCAUGCAUAGAGAUGUGAAGCCCUCAAACAUACUGGUGAAUUCCCGGGGUGAGAUCAAACUGUGUGACUUCGGUGUGAGUGGGCAGCUCAUAGACUCGAUGGCAAAUUCCUUUGUUGGGACAAGAUCAUACAUGUCGCCUGAGAGAUUGCAGGGAACCCACUAUUCUGUGCAGUCAGAUGUGUGGAGUAUGGGCUUGUCCCUAGUAGAGCUGUCGAUCGGACGCUACCCCAUCCCUCCUCCAGAUGCAAAAGAAUUGGAGGCCAUAUUUGGACGACCCAUCUUGGAUGACACAGAGGGAGAGACACACAGCACUUCACCUAGACCCAGACCGCCGGGUAGACCUGUCAGCGGUCAUGGUCCUGUAAUGGCCAUCUUUGAGCUGCUAGACUACAUAGUCAAUGAGCCUCCACCUAAACUACCCCAUGGCAUAUUCACCUGCGAUUUUCAAGAUUUUGUUACAAAGUGUCUCAUCAAAAAUCCAGCAGACAGGGCUGACUUGAAAAUGCUGAUGAACCAUACGUUUAUCAAGCGGUCUGAGGCGGAGGAGGUGGACUUUGCUGGCUGGCUUUGUAGAACAAUGGGGCUGAACCAACCCAGCACUCCCACACGCACUGCAGACUGAAAGCACGGUCUACUCAUGCACACAGUAUGUAAAAACAUGAAGAAGCUGCUGCCUAAAACCAUACACUCAGAUAUACUGUAAACAACCACUUCUUCCCUCACUGAACCUCUAAAGGCUCCAUCUUUAAAAUCUGCUCUGUUGUGUAUUUUUUUAGCCAGCAGAUCACAAUCUAGGAAAGAUUCUCUAUUUACACUUGGCAUUCUUUGUGGAAAGUCAGUACAUUGGGGUUUUGUUUAAUCAUAAUGUUUUCUUCUUAAAUCAAUUGCAUCAUAAGUCCUCUAAAUGUUUGUUGGCAGUGUGGACAACAGAAAUCAUUACUAAUUUGUGGUAAGUUUAGAUCAGGAUUUUGGGCCAUUACAUCACUGACCUACUCUUGGCCACUGCUGCACUAUUUUUUGUAGCUGUUUAAAAAUCCAGUAGAUUUUUUUUUGUUGUUCUUCUCAGCCCACCAUCCUGCAAUGAUGCUGCACAUACUGUGUAAAACUGUAAAAGAAAUCCUUAAAAGAAAAUCAGACUUAUUGAAUAUUUGUGACAUGUCUUUUUUUUUUUUUUCCAUUUCUGCUUUUCAGUUUUCUUGUCUGAGUUUCUCUGAAGUGCUCUGAGGCUUACAAGUUCAAGUGUGUCAAUCUCAGUUAUUAUAAUCAUAGUCAGACAUCUGUAUGCGUCCACAGAUUAAUACAUAUAUGAAUUUGUUUUUAUAUCUGUUAUGCAAAAACACUGAGAAAUGUGAGAAUGAACUUAUUUUACUGAACAGGUUGGGUUAUGUCUGUCUGUGUGGAAAGGAAAUGCUUGUGUCUAGAAGGUUUCCUGCAUUUGACUAAUUUUUAGCAAUUCCGAGAUGUCUUGAGGUGAAGCACAAUGUUCAAAGCAUUCAAGCAUGAACCUCAUGUCAAAGCCAAAAAUAAUUGUAAAAGAUUAAACCCUUGAAUACACUCACUGCUUCCUCUGUAUCUUAGAGUUGUUUCUUGAUUGCUUCAAACAGCACCAUCAUUUUAUUAUGGUUUUAUUAGCAUCAGAUCAGCUAUGUGGAGGUAGAGGCUGCCUUUGGGAAUCCCAGAAAUUCACUCCUGGACAUUAUCUGCUAUAACAAGACCACUUUGAUCUGUUGAGCAAGCUGCAUUGCGGCUCGCUGAACAGUGUCAGCUGAAACAAAUGGUCAGUUUUUUGUAUACGCUGUAAUGGAAACAACAGGACACGGAUUUACCAUGUGCGUCCUGUGUUGGGGCAUUUUGCUCCUUUGUUUCAUCUUUUUGUGUACUUCCUCCUGUCAGUAUUGGUUUAAAGAUAUAAAUGUUUUAUAUGGUAAAA